GAUUGAAAAGUUGCACACACGAGAAAAAAAAGAAACCAAAGAAAUUACAUUUGAAACAACGAAGGAUGACGAAUAUGGAACUGAACGUUGACAACCUGAUCAGCCGACUUCUUGAAGUUAGAGGAUCCAAACAAGGCAAACCUGUUAAAAUGACGGAAGGAGAAAUUCGAGGACUUUGUCUAAAAUCCAGAGAAAUUUUCCUCAGUCAACCCAUUCUAUUGGAGAUCGAGGCCCCAGUCAAAGUCUGUGGUGAUAUCCACGGUCAGUACACAGAUCUCCUUCGUUUAUUUGAGUACGGAGGAUUUCCCCCGGAGUCUAACUACCUUUUCCUGGGGGACUAUGUGGACAGAGGGAAACAGUCUCUAGAAACCAUCUGUCUUCUUUUAGCCUACAAAAUCAAAUACCCAGAAAAUUUCUUCCUCCUUAGAGGGAAUCAUGAAUGCGCCAGUGUUAAUGUAUUGUAUGGAUUUCAUGAUGAAUGUAAAAGAAGAUUCAGUGUAAAAUUAUGGAAGACAUUUAUAGACUGUUUUAACUGCUUACCUGUUGCUGCUGUCAUCGAUGAAAAAAUAUUUUGUUGUCAUGGAGGGUUGUCUCCAGAUCUGCAGUCCAUGGAACAAAUCAGAAGAAUCGCCAGACCAACAGAUGUCCCAGACACAGGUUUACUGUGUGACCUUUUGUGGUCUGACCCUGACAAAAUGGUGAAGGGCUGGGGAGAGAAUGACAGAGGGGUGUCCUUCACCUUUGGUGCUGACGUCAUCAGUAAAUUCUUAAACCAUCAUGAUCUGGACCUCAUAUGCCGCGGUCAUCAGCUCCAAAUUACUGUGAUGAGUUUGACAAUGCUGCCGCAAUGAUGUCCGUGGACGAAUCACUCAUGUGUUCAUUCCAGAUACUGAAGCCUGCAGGAAAGAAACAGCUGUACAAUUAUCAAGGGCGACCGAAAACUCCUCCUCGACGGAUGUUUACCGAUUUACUGGAAGUGAACAAAGAAAAGACGGACAAAAAAGAC